AGGAGAUCCAUAUUGAGAUGAAUGAACUCUGGCAGUUAUUCAAUUUAGACGCCCUCGACAAAUCUCUCAUGAGUUGCUACUGCUUACUGAAGAUCAUUGAAUGCAGAAGUAAUAAGAUGUUCAAUGUUGGGUUUGUUGACCCAGAUAAAGUACAUCAUGACACGGUAAAGAAUAAUGUCGAAGAAACGGGGGGAAACCUACUAAGGUUUAUAGGGGAGCAAAGCUUCUGUGAUUCAAUACUGUUUCCUUACAACUACAGUUUCCACUGGAUUCUGCUAAAUAUUCAAGUUGAUAAGGGAAUAGUUGAAGUAAGGGACCCAUUGAGUAGAGGCCUGGACGGGUUCCGUGACUUGCAGAAGAUUCUCCAGAGGUAA